AUGCACUGCAUCAGCAUUUCUUUUGUUGCGGACGUACUUGGUUCGCAUACCAUCAGAGCUGCUGAAUGUUUAGGUCCAUUGAAUAGAUCAAACUACCCCAUCGAACAAGCUCUCACAGAAGUGCUGAGUAGUGAUUGUCAUUCAUCAGUUUUGGUUGUGCCCAGCCCUGGUUGGCAGUUCCUUUUGGGGCAAAUAGAUGCCAAAGCUUCCGAGUUUUACAAAUGGAGUCAAGAUGAGUUCAAUCGAGCAUUUGGUCAACACAAUGGACAUGUGGCCUUGAGGCCUCGCUUCAAUCUGCGCCAGAUCACGUGUUCGUGA